AUGCAUUCUGAUGAAUUGAGCUGGUUCAUGAUGAGUUCCCUACUGACGGAUCGAAUUAUAGAAGAAUGUCUAGAACAAGAAGAUAGUGAAGAAGAAAAUGUGUCAGAAAUAGAAGAUUUUGAGGAGCAUAGUGAUCAUGAAAGCGGAACAGAGCAAGAAGCAAGUGAUUCAGAUGGGUCUUCAGUGUCGGAAGAGAGUUUUCCUUAG